UGAAAAAUAUCUUUUAGAGUUAUAUUACGUUUCGAAAUAUUUAUUUAAUUCAGCAUAGUUUAUGUGUACCCAAUUUAUAGAAAAGGAUGUCAAUUAGGACAAAAUGAAUGAAAGCCAAAAGAAUUGAACAUUCUUGGACUGAUCCACAGUUCCCGACAAUGUUCGUGGACUGUUCUACUUCUUUGCAUUAUUGAGUUCACGCUCACUCUGUUCACAAGUUUCCGUUCAAGUGUGUGGCGGAGUUCUUUAUCAAGCUCAGAUCACGGAUCUUCUCUCCUUCCAUUCUGAAUAUAUUCCGAUGAGUCCAUAGACUGAGAAGAACACCACUAGCAUGUCUCAAGAACAAUUGAGGAGAUUUUAUUCUUCAUCUUGCUGCUACAUGGAGUACUAUUGAACUAGUGAGGAGCAUUGUCUUUGAAUAUCCAUGUCUUUUAUUGGAUAUAAAGUCAAAGGAUCAGCUUCCAAUCCAUGUAGCCUUUGUGAAAGCAAUGCUUAAAAGUGAUAUUAGCCCUGGAGGGGGAAGUCGAACUGAGAUUCACAGUCGGAAGGGAGAGAAUAUCUUUGCACACACAGCUUUGAAGACUUUUGGAUUGAUUCAAAGCAACAAGAAGAUCCAGUGAUGAUGAUGUGGUACUGAGAAGGGGUUGGAAACCGAAUCAUUUCAAAGGGUUUCAAUCAUGAAGAAAGAGAAUGAUGUUUCUGGCAGCACCAUACCACUCCAUGCUCGCCCUCUCACUCGUGCUUACUCUAAGAUGAUAACAUCUUCAGAAGUGGAUGCUACAACACAGAGUCUAGGACAUGUAGCGAGAGCAAAUACAAAGAGAGCAGCCUUGGAUGAGAAGAAAGCCAGUGCACCUAAGAAGCGAGCUGUUCUUAAAGAUAUCACAAACGAGAUCUCACCUAAGUUGGAGACCGUCAAGCAGAUAGAGAAGGUGGGCGCUGUAUCCACUGUGGCAAAAAUUCUGAAAGUCAUUGACAUUGAUUCAGAUGAGAAAGAUCCUCUACUGUGUAGCCUUUAUGCACCUGAAAUCUACCACAAUCUGCGAGUUGCCGAGCUUCAACGCAGACCAUUUCCUGAUUAUAUGGAGAGGAUACAAAGAGAUCUGACUUGGACAAUGAGAGGAAUAUUAGUUGAUUGGCUUGUAGAGGUCUCAGAGGAAUACAAACUUGUACCGGACACACUCUACCUCACAAUGUAUCUCAUAGAUUGGUUUCUCCAUGGAAACUACAUUGAAAGACAGAGGCUUCAAUUGCUGGGUGUCACUUGUAUGUUCAUUGCUUCAAAAUACGAGGAGAUCUUUGCGCCACGCAUUGAGGAGUUCUGCUUCAUCACUGAUAACACUUACACAAAGGAUCAGGUCCUGGAGAUGGAGAGCCAAGUACUUAAGCAUUUUGGCUUUCAGAUUUACACACCCACUUCAAAAACAUUCCUCAGGAGGUUUCUCCGAGCAGCUCAUGCUUCUGAUCUGCAGAAACCGAGUGUCGAAAUGGAGUUUCUGGCGAACUAUCUCAUCGAACUGACGUUAAUAGACUAUGAGUUCUUGAAGUUUCUUCCUUCGGUCAUCGCUGCUUCAGCUGUUUUUCUUGCUAAGUGGACACUGAACCAAUCAAGCCACCCUUGGAAUCCAACUCUUGAACAUUACACAACGUUCAAAGCCUCAGACCUCAAAGCAUCUGUUCACGCCUUGCAAGAUCUGCAGCUUAAUACCAAAGGGUGCACCUUAACCUCUAUACGUUUGAAGUAUAAGCAAGAGAAGUUGAAAUCCGUGGCGGUUUUGUCUUCUCCGGAGUUACCUGACAGGCUAUUCUGAAUAGAGAUUAAACCGAGCGGUUCAUCUCCUAACCGAAGCAUAUGCAACUUAGAAACUGAUGGUCUGGAUCGUCCCUCUCUCAUUUAUCUGUUACUGUUAAAUAAAACGUCAACCUUUCCACGGUCUGGAUUUUUAUUUAAUACCCAGUAACCGGAUUAGUUAGUGUUCGUUUAUUCCGGUUUAGUGUAGACUUGUUUGGUUCUUCCAAACCGAGAUUAUUUUAAUUCAAACGGAUGUACAUUUUUUCUCGUUCUAUCAGGCCGUUUCUGGUUACGGAACA